UCUCCCAUGCUGGAGGAUGGGCAGAGAAAAUGGCAGGCAGAGUGCAAAGAGACAUAAGGAAAAAGGCUGGAAGCCGGCCAGAACUGAUUUCUACAGGGCACAGGAAAGGUGCAGUGUCUUCGCUUAAAGUUGUCUCCAGUGUUCCAGGGAGCUCCAAAGUAAUAUGCACUUCAGAAAACAGGAAUGCUGUCUGGUCCUGGAGCUGCUGCUGCUGCCUCUGGUAACUGGAUUCUCAGGUAAUUCAGAACAAAACAUAAAUGCAGCAACUGGCAGCAACAUAACCCUGAAUGUCCUCAAGAAACAGCUUGGACCCUACAAGCGUCUCACCUGGCUUCACACUACAAAACAGAAGAUUUUAGAGUACAACUAUGGUGGUACAAAGACUAUCUUCAAUUCUAGAUUUAAGCACAGGGUCAAACUUGACAAUACAAGUGGUGCACUUAGUAUCUAUAACCUCCGGAAAGAGGACAGAGGCACCUACUACUUGAGACUGUUGAAUGAAAAUGAGAGAGAGUGGGUGAUAACCCUAAAAGUAUUUGAUCCUGUGUUCAAGCCUUCCAUAAAGAUCAAUAGGUCUGAGGAUUUGACUGGCUACUGUUAUCUGAGGCUAUCAUGUGAAGUACAGGAGCAGCCUGAUACCUACACUUGGUAUGGGGACUCAGGGCCUCUUCCCCAAAUGGAGCCAGGAGAUGUGCUCGAAAUCACCAUCACCCCACAGAACAAGUCUGCGUUCUACACCUGCCAAGUCAGCAAUCCUAUCAGCAGCAAGAAUGACACAGUGUAUUUCACACCACCUUGUUCUCUGGCCAAAUCCUCUGGGCUACAUUGGAUUGCGACUUGGCACGUGGCCAUGGCACCCAUCACCCUUGCCAUCCUGCUAACCUGAAAUGAACUCUUCCCAUUCAAGAAAGAAACUUCAAAGCCACAGGAUCUUACCUUCAUCACCAGCGGUGCUCCUGACCAGGAAAGCAGCUCUGGCUUUAUGGGACAAAGGAAAGUGUGUCACUGAACAUCUGCAAGGGUUUGCAAGUAUGCUCUAUGGAACAAGCCCAGGGCCUUGCGCAUGCUACGAAACUGUUCCACCACUGACCUGUGUGUCCAGCCCUAUGCAAAAGUUUCAAGUUAAUCUUUUAAAAACUGUGGUUAACAUCUAACUUAUAUAACCAUUUCCCACCAUACAUUAAAAACAAAUGAAUUCUUUUCACCUAAAUUUGACAUUAUGCUAAUAUUUUACACAGAUUCUUUUUCUCAUACAAUAUAUCUUAAUUACAGUUUCCCCUUCCUCCACACUUUCCAGUUCAUCACUACCUCUCCUCCCAUCCAGGUCCUUUCCCUUUCUGUCUUUCAUUAGAAAAGAACUUCUAACAGGUAACAACAAAAUAAAAUAUUAUUUUAAAGCUGAAACAAAAACCAUCACUUCAAAGUUGAAAAGGCAAACCAAUAGAAAUAAGAGAUCCCCAAGAGAAGGCAGAUGAAUUAGAGACCCACUCAUUAACAUGUUCAGGGGUCCACUAAAAUGCUAAACUAAAGCUAUAAUAUAUCUACAGAGGACCUGGUACAGGCCUGUGCAGGGCCUAUGCUUGCUGUUUUGGUCUUUGCUCAGUUGAUUUAGAGACUUGUUCUCCUGUAUCCUCCAUCCCCUUUGGCUCUUACACUCUUUCCACCCCCCACUUUCACAGAAUACUCUGAGCCCUAAGGGGAGGAAUUUGAUGAAGACAUCCCAUGUAGAUUUGUAUGUUCCAAGGUCUGUGUGUGUGUGUAACAUUUGUCUGUGGAUCUCUGUAUUUCCAUCUGCUCCAGAAAGAUGAUAGCUGAAUGAGAUACUGGUUUAUGAGUAUAGAAGAUAUCAUUAAGCGUCAUUUUAUUGUUACGUUUUUUUCUUUUUUUAAGAUCAGAAGUAUUUGCUUUUACUGUAGGUCUCCAGGCUAUCUAGUCUCUGGUUCUUGCUCACCCAAGGAAAUGUUGGGUAUGGGUUGCAUCUCAUGGAAUAAGCUUAAAUCAAAUUAGGCAUUGGCUACUUACUCCCACAAGCUUUGUCCCACCAUUGCCCUAGCAUAUUUUUCAGGCAGGGCAGACUGUAGAUCAAAGCUUUUGUGGCUGAGUCGUAUUUUGUGUUUCUCUUUUGGUAGCUCGUAGAGUAUCUUCCUGUAACAAAGACCAUAGAACAGUAGUUCUUUAACUGUGGGUCACAACCCAGUUGGGGGUUAAACAACCAUUUCACAGGGGUCACCUAAGACCAUUGGGAAACACAGAUAUUUACAUUAUGUGUCCCAUAAGUUUAGGUAUGCUGUGUAUUCACUUUCAUUCAGUUCUAGAAAGGCCAUAAUUUCUUCCUUGGUCUAUUUUUCAUUCAGUAGAGAGUUGUUCAGUUUCCACAAGUUUGUAAGCUUUCUGUUGUUGAUGAUAUCCAGCUUUAAUUCAUGAUGGUCAAAUAGGAUGCAACGAGUUAUUUCAAUUUUCUUGUAUCUUUUUAGAUUUGCUUUGUGUCUAAGUAUGUGGUCAAUUUUGGAGAAAGUUCCAUGAGGCACAGAGAAGAAGGUAUAUUCUUUUGUGUUUGGUUGAAAUGUUCUGUAAAUAUCUGUUAGGACCAUUUGGUUUAUAAUGUCUGUUAAACUCCAGCAUUUCUCUAUUGAGUCUUUCUCUGGAUGAUCUCUUUAUUGAUUAGCAUGAGCAUUGAAGUCUCCUAAUCUCAGUAUGUGAAGGUCAAUAUGUGAGUUACUCUGUAGCAGUGUUUCUUUUACAAACACGGGUGUCCUUGUGUUUAGGGCAUAGAUGUUAAAAAUUGAAAUGUCCCCUUGGUGGAAUUUUCUUUUGAUGAGUAUGUAGUAUCAUCCCCUAUCUCUUCGGAUUAGUUUUGGCUUGAAGUCCAUUUUGUUAUAUAUCAAAAUGGCUAUACCAACUUGCUUCUUAGGUGUAUUUUCCAGGAGUAUCUUUUUCUAAUUAUUCACCCUGAGGUAAUGUCUAUCCUUGAUGCUGAGGUGUGUUUCUUCGAUGUAGCGGGAGGGUAGAUUUUUUUUAAACCUAUUCUGUUAGUCUGUGUCUUUUUUUUGGGGGGGGGAAUUGAGACCAUUGAUAUUGAGAGACAUUAAUGAGCAGUGUUUGUGAUCCCUAUUAUUUUGUUGUUGGUGGUAGUGGCUGUUUGUGUGUGUGUGCAUGGGUGUUUGUGUUUCCCUUCUUUUGAUUUUGCUUGUCUGAGAUUAUUUGUUCCCAUGGUUAGAAUUAACCUCCUUAUGUUAGAGUUUUCUUUCUACCACCUUCUGAAAAGCUUGGUUUUUGGACGAAUAUUCUUGAAAUUUGGCUUUAUCAUUUAUAGUAAUUGAAAGUUUUGCUGAGUAUAGUAGUCAGAGAUGGCAUCUGUGGUCUUGUAGAGUCUGCAGCACAUCUGUUCAACCCCUUGUGAAUUUUAGAAUCUCUACUGGAAUUCAGCCAUAAUUCUAAUAGUUCUGCCAUUACACCAUUCCUUGGUCUUUUUCCUUUGCUCCUUUUAAUAUUUUCUUUUUGUUCUAUAUGUUCAGUGUUUUGAUUAUUAUAUGUGACAGUGGACUUUCUAAUCUAUUUGGUGGUCUGUAUAAUUCUUGUGCUUUGGUGAGCACCUCCUUCUUUAGAUUAGGAAAUUUUGAUUUUGUUGAAAAUAUUUUCUGGGACUUUGAGCUUAGUUUUUUCUCCUACCUCUAUUUUUUUUUAAAUUUAGUAUUUUCAUAGUGUCCCAGAUUUUUUGAAUAUUUUGUGUCAGGAGUUUUUUUUAGAUUUAACAUUUUCUUUGGCUGAUGUAUACUGAUAUAUCAGUUAUAUCUUUCUUAUAUAUCAUACAUAUGUCUAUAUCUUAAAUAGAUAUCUAUAUUUCUUACAUAGAGAUCUAUUUAUAUAAGAUUUCUAUAAUCUAUCUAUAUAUAUAUUAUAUAGAGUCAUAUAUUUUCUGUCAUAUUUCAAUACCUGAGAUUCUCUCUUCCAUCUCUUGUAUUCUGUUGGGUAAGCUUGCCUCUGUAGUUCCUGUUUAAAUUUCUAAAUUAUUUAUUUCCAUAAUUACUCAAUUUGGAUUUUCUUGAUUGAUUCUAUUUCCAUUUUCAAGUCUUGAAUAGUUUUAUUCAUUUCUUUCCACUGUUUGUAUUUUCCUUGAUUUCUUUAAGAAAUUUAUUCAUUUCCUCUUUAAAGACAUCUAUCAUCUUUGUACAGGCUGUUUUAAGGUCUUUUCCUUUCUUGUGCCUUAGUUAUGCUGGACUAUUCAGGACCUGCUGUGGUAAGGUUUCUGGGCUCUAGUGGAGACAUAUUGUCCUGGAUAUUAUUUAUUGUGUUUUUAUGCUGGUAUUUAGGGCACCUGGGAUUGGGUUAAUUAUAGAUCUGGGUGCUGAUUUCUGUUUUUUCUUUGUUUGGUGGGUGAGUUUCCUUUGUGGAUUUUAGAAGAAUGUAAUGGCUGUGAGUUGUCUGAUAGGAAAAUCUCUGUGGACCUGAAACGUGUGGCCUUUUGGGAUGCGAAGUAAAAUGUGUUUUUGGGUAUUGGGAGCUGACACUUAGGAAAGGGAUAGGCUAGGAGGUUUUGCAGGAGAAAGGAGAGCAGAAUGUCCUGGAAUGGGAGUAGAGGUCACCCAAAAGGUCUUCUAUAGUGCUCUGGAUGAGACUGGGGGAUUGGAUCUGGAGGAAGAGAAAGAGAGGGGAAGAUCUACAGGCAGCCUACCUGCUUCCCUGGCAGGAGUGGCCUUUGGUGUUGGCAGAGUGCCUGCUGGAAUUGGGGUUUUAGACAGAGCAGUAAGUGGGAGAAAGGAGGUUAGGAGUGGAAAGUCUGUAGAGUCCACAGAAUAUGUGAAUGGGGCGGGGAGGUUGACAAAGGAGGAAAGCUGCAACAGGUGCUCCUUUGCACAGCUAGGGAAGAUUAGAUUUGGAGGAGAGGAGGGAGUGGUGAAGGUCUUCAGUUAGCUUACCUGUUUCCCUGGUCUGCUCGGCUAUUACGUUCGCAAAGAGUGUGUGUUGGUGUUGGAUGCUGGGAUACAGGAUGGGUUGAACGAAGAAAGUUUGAAGGAGAAGAUCUUUGUGAUCCAUUAGGAAUGGGGUCAGAGAGGAAAGGGAGACUGCAGCAGGUGUUCUGCUACAGAGCUGGGAAUGAAAUUCUGGUUUGUUUUUUUUUUUUGUGUGUGUGUGUGUGUGUUUAAGGAUAAUUUAUUUUUUAUUUUGUGUGAGGGGUGAAUGAAGUCCUGGUAUAUGCUAGGCAGACACUCCUACAAUCUUUUUUUUUUUUUUUAAUCUGUUUAAAUAUCAUCCACAAAGCAGAAUUCUGCAGUUGUUCUAAAUCUUUCAUAAGCUUUGGCCCCAUCAACCUGAACAAACAGGAAACACAAGAUGCAGAAUCUGAGCCUUUGGUGCCUAUGUGUACACACAUCUGAAAAGGUCAGUUGUGCUGCUGUUAUACCCAUGCCAAGUCAGAGAUUCCAGCUCUUCCAAGCUCCCUCUCUCCUACCAAGUCAUAGCAGUGGUUUGAACAGAGACUCUUUAGGUCUCCUGUGAAGAAAAGAAGGUCUUGUUUCCUGUGAGCUGAACAUCCAGCUCUAUAUCACAAGGCUUUGCCUCCAAGCCUUUCAUGAGGACCUGCAUGCUCAACGCCCUUCUCUUCAUUGUCUCUGUGUCAUUAGAUACAGUGAAACCAUCAAACUGACCCACUAUACUCAGCACAGUCUUCCAUAAGAAGCAGACAGAUUACAGACUCAUCCUUUCGUAACCCCCAGGUGUUGCAGUAAUUAUUAAUAUUUGCUAUAUUGAUUCAUGUGGUUAGUAAGCUAACAGUAUUUUAAAAGACCUGGUUACCUGUUAGAUUUUUUUAACAACCUUAAACCACUGGGGAUGGGCAGAAAUAAACCCCCUAGACUACCUUGUUAUCUCCCAACUCAACCCCUCCCCCAUGUAAUUUACUUUAAUCAUUUUGGCCUGGGCUACUUCCUGCCCAAAAUUCUGAUAAAUACUUGCACUUGUUUUCCAUUUGGGCUGCUUCUCUCCAUCUUCCCGAUCCUCAGAGUAAACUCUUGGCCCCGUGGUUCUUUUUUUUUUUUUUUUUUUUUUUUUAAGUGGAAGGAGAAUUUAUUCAACGUGGUCGCAUUAGGAAGAAGAACAGAGGGUCCAGGGCCCCACCCUGCUUCUCGAUCCAUCCUUGGGGUACUGACCUCAGGGUUAGGUUUAAAUAAAAGCCUGAGGGAUGCAUCGUAAGCAGUCCUGGUCAGGCGGUGGUCCUGCGCGACAUCCGGGUCUCAUCUCCAGGCUCUCCUGUAAGAUGUCCUGACAAGUUGACAGAACAGUGAGAGACAGCGUCUUAAAUGAUCAAAAGCCUAACAAAGCCACAAGAAAACAUAAAGGCUUAAAAAUAAUUUUGCCACCUUCAUUUAUUGUGUGUGUCCGGGGUAGGUGCCGUGGUGAGCCUGUGCAUCUCAGAGGACAACUUAAGGAAGUUGGUUUUCUUCUUCCACGUGGGCGCCAAGGAUCAAACACGGAGCCUUAGGCUUGGCGGCGAGUGCCUUAACCCACUGAGCCAAAUUGUCAGUCCAAUAUAGCACUGAUGGCUGGCUGGCUAGCUGGCUGGCUGGCUGGCUGGAUGGAUGGAUGGAUUGACUGAUUGAUUGUCUUUUUGAGACAAGCUUUCUAUUAUGUAGCUCUGGCUGUUCUGAAACUCACCAUGUAGACCAGGCUGGCCUUAAACUCACAGGUACCUGCCUGCCUUUGUGUCCCAAGUCUUGGGAUUACAAGCGUGGGCCACCCGUGGUUCUUUUUUACACUAACCUGUAGCGACUCCUUUUCUCUCUUCUCCUUUCUUCUCUCUCCCACGAUUCUUCUCUCCUCUAAGUGCACAAAACUUAAUUCUGCCUAGCCAUUUUUUAUUAGCCAAUCAGAGAUAAUUUUGAAGGCAAAGUUACACAGCAGCGCUUGGUAUAUGUGAGCAUUUGCUCGUAGAACAGUAAAGAUGGGGGGGGCAAGCAAUUAAUUAAAUAUAAAGCUCCAGACCGUGCUAAAACACCCAUGAUUUUUUUUGUUCCCUCGUUAAAUACUUUCAUGGUCCUGGAACUCAGAGGUUACUAAAGGAUGCUGUUUUCCUGCAGGAAACUGUCCUACCAUGUUUUGCUUAUCUAGAUCAGUCUCCUCCACCUCUCCUUUUACCAGCUACAAAAUCAACCAACCAGCCAACCAACCAACCAAUCAGUAAAUCCAUUCUGAAAGGCUCUCUUAGAGGUCCAAGCAUUGCAAACAUGGCGAUGGCAAGUCUUGUCCUUCCCCCUUCCCUCACACUUGCUAAACUGUUAGAUAAUAUCCCUAAACCUAGCCCCCAAGGUCUAGUCCUUUAUUUACUCACUGAUUCAUUCCUAAAACCGAUCACCGAGAUCCAACUAUCAAAACAUCAAGGUCCAGGAAUCAAAAUUUAUUAUUUGGCUACACUGACUAACCUGUCCAAUCAGAACUUACCAACACACCCUAAUACAAACUUCCUCCUUUCCUCCUUAAAAACGACUCCUACGGAAACAACCCACUGCUGUCUUUGCCUGGUCCAGAGGCUGCCUCUGCCCCUAAACCCCUUUCAGGGUAAUAAAUAUCUUUGUACUGCCAA